CAGGGUAGCACUGGUGCGAGUAGCCGAGUACUCACUCACAAAUCUCACAAUCAGUAGUAAACACCAAUCGGUGUAAGACGGAACGGUGUAGGACUGUCGGAGCUGUCGGGUGUCGGGUGGUAACCGUCGUCGCGCAUUACGGUGCACGCGGCAUAAUCGGCAUUCGGCAUUCGGCAUUCGGCAUUCGGCGGCCCGCCCGGCGUGCAGGCCGUGCAGCGUGUCGCGUCGCGCAUCGCGUACGGCGUACGGAAACUGGAAAAGUGGAAAGGAGAUAGGAGAGAGCGCGUCGCGCGGGGUCUACAGCUACGGUGUUGCACAGUGCACGCAUCGUUUCCCAAAAGACACCUGAUGAAGUGAUGAAAAGGCAUCAGAUCUGAUCAGCUCGCCUCGAGGGCGCGCGGCCAAAAGACCAGAGGGCAGAGGGGGAUUAUCCUCGGUGUCACGGCAAAGUCAUCGACACCGAUGCGAGUUAUCGGAAAUAUCGGACCGAGUGGCGAGUAACGUCCUGUUAGCGCGACCGUUCCGAGUUUCGAGUUCCGAGGGAGCAGGAGAAGGCCCAUCCUGUACGUACGACCACCACGUACUCCACGUACUCCACGUAGUCGCGAUCGGAUCCGCCACUCGCCAGCACUCGCCAGCAGGAUCCGUUAUCCUUACGGGUGUCACGGCGGCGACGAAGCGACAAAAGUGGACGAAGCUAAGGCUGACGCUGACCGCGAGAAUAACAGCUGGCAGGAAGCUGAGGAGGUUAGCGAGGUGUCACCACGCGUCACGCCGGGGUGGUGGGUCUAUGGGGGGCUCCGCCCCAGCGGUCCCCCGGCUCGAAUCCAAUCGGCAACUGCCGGAACGGCGGUGCCAUCCUGGCACGGGCCAAGACCGCCCCGCUUCCGGUACCACUGUCCAAACGGAUGAAGAGUCCCUCCAACGUCAUGAGGCAGUCCAGCCUCACGAAACUCGGUUCCAUCAUCAACACCGCCGUCAACAAACGUGCCGGCAAUGGUGACAUACAGUGGUGCUUCUCACAAGUGAAGGGGACCUUAGAAGAUGACGUUACGGAAGCUGACAUAAUCUCAUGCGUUGAAUUUAAUCACGAUGGCGAUCUCCUCGCGACAGGAGACAAGGGUGGACGCGUUGUCAUUUUUCAAAGAGACCCCAUUAGUAAAAACAGUAUACCACGAAGAGGCGAAUACAAUGUGUAUAGCACUUUCCAGAGCCACGAACCUGAGUUCGAUUACCUAAAAUCACUAGAGAUAGAAGAAAAAAUUAAUAAAAUUAGGUGGCUAAAAAGAAAAAACCCUGCUCACUUUUUACUCUCCACGAACGAUAAAACAAUCAAGUUGUGGAAAGUUAGUGAGAGAGAUAAAAGAGUGGAGGGGUAUAAUACGAAAGAGGAGAAUGGCACGAUACGCGAUCCUGCCUGCAUCACUGCCUUGAGGGUGCCAACCAUAAAACCAAUGGAGUUGAUGGUAGAGGCAUCACCAAGGAGGAUAUUUGCCAAUGCGCACACCUAUCACAUAAACAGUAUAAGUGUCAACAGUGAUCAAGAGACAUACCUCAGUGCUGAUGAUCUUAGAAUUAAUCUUUGGCACCUUGAGAUAACUGACCAGAGUUUUAAUAUAGUAGACAUUAAGCCAACUAAUAUGGAAGAGUUAACGGAAGUCAUAACUGCGGCGGAAUUUCAUCCUGCGGAAUGCAACGUGUUGGUGUACAGUAGUAGCAAAGGAACUAUUAGACUUUGCGAUAUGAGAUCUGCUGCUCUCUGCGAUCAGCACAGUAAGCUCUUCGAGGAGCCUGAAGAUCCAACCAAUAGGAGUUUUUUCUCAGAAAUUAUUUCAAGCAUAAGCGAUGUAAAGCUCAGUAAUUCUGGAAGAUACAUGAUCAGCAGAGACUACCUCAGCGUGAAAGUGUGGGACUUGCAAAUGGAGACAAAACCAAUCGAAUGUUAUCCUGUACACGAAUACUUGAGAUCAAAAUUAUGUUCAUUGUAUGAAAAUGACUGUAUCUUCGACAAGUUUGAAUGUUGUUGGAGCGGUAAUGACUCUGCUAUUAUGACGGGCUCGUACAACAAUUUCUUCCGAGUAUUUGAUCGUACGACCAAACGCGAUCUUACUUUGGAGGCAGCACGCGACAUUGCCAAACCGAAAACACUCCUGAAGCCAAGGAAGGUAUGCACCGGUGGCAAACGCAAGAAGGAUGAGAUUAGCGUCGACUGCCUGGACUUUAAUAAGAAAAUACUUCACACUGCGUGGCAUCCAUCUGAAAAUGUGGUGGCUGUCGCUGCUACGAACAAUCUCUUCCUAUUCCAAGACAAACUCUAGCAUAUCUGUAUGCAAAUUAUACAACGGUAUAUAUUGACGUGAGCUAGGCACGUUGAACUGAAAACUCCCAGUGGAACCACAGGUGUCCGAGAGUACGAGUGACGAUAGUCGACUACUAGUCUGUCAGUGGUUGACUGACCGAAAAGUGGUGUACGUAGCGCCGUCCACGCAGCUCACAUUCAUACAUACUAUACACACACACACACACACACACACACACCAGGAUAGACAUACCAGGAUUGUGCACCCCAUAAUUUGUCGCGUGCAUAUGUGUAUGAAAAGAGAUGUGCAAACGCGAAACACACGCAUAACUCUUCAGGCUAUCAAUAAAUUCGCUAGCUCAAAUAUAUUCGCAGAUGAAAAGGAGACGUACGCUUUCGGCAGAAUAUGUGAUUCAAUCGAUUCGCAGACUCGUGUUGGCAGUUGAUAUAUGACUUAUAUAAACUACUAAUGGUUAGUAAUCUUUUGCGCUUGUAUUAUAAAAAAUUGUGCCAUCGCACAGCGUAGUCUAUAUGUGACUCGGCUACACAGAGACUACCAGGGUGUUUGAUUAUCCUAUCAGUGAAACAGGCGGCAGGGUGAGCGGAGCGCGGGGAUACGGAUUACGAGUCGCGCGCUGCUGUUUACGCACACGUCAUACGAAUAUGUGGUACAAACUUUAUAAGUCUUUUUCCUUAAUUGAUAUAUGCCUAAAUAGCGUGAAAAAAAGCAAAAAAGCAAAAAAUAGAAAAGAAAAAGAAAAACGAGAGGAGUCAGUCAUGCCAAUGAGAUUAAUCUGUAAUUAUUGUAACGAUAUAAUUUUACUUAUUGUAUUUGUUGUACUUGAAUUAUGGCACGGGCGACACUUGAAUUACGAACGGAAAAAGAAAAAGAAAUACGCGAGAAAAUCAAGUCGUCGAAGCAAAUUUUCCUCUUACAACGCGCUUUGCGACUAAUAAUCCGAUCCGAGCGUUUCUGACCUCGACGUAAGAGAGUAUGGAGUAAGUAAAUAAAUAAGAAUGACGAAUAGUUUUGUGCUUGUAGAAUCGAAAUGACGACGGUUACCACUAUGAAAGCGUUCGACUUUCGAUAAAGUAACCUGUGUCUACAUUAUUUGUCUACCAUUUACCGUUUAUAAUACACACGUCGGUAUCACGCUUGUUAAACGCGCGUGCGUGAUAGGCCUAUUUUCUCGUUAGUUUAUUACUCUCGCGAAUCAAUUGUUUAUCUCAGUCGCCAAUACGAGUCAAAAUGACGAUAGAAAGUAUAAUAAGCCGGUAUCUUUCCUUACAUUAUGGAUAUCUGGAAAAACCAAAUGUUGCUGCACUAAAUACAUCAAGCAAUAAGUGGCGCCGAUUUAAGACAAUGUAUAAUAAAAUAUAUCAAUCGUCAUUUUCUAAAAAAGAAAAAAAAAGAUGUGCCCCGAUCGGGAGAUAAACGGAAAUCGCAUAGAUAUGGAAUACAGAUUUUCUAAUCUUUCUUAAUAACUUAUCGACACUCUUAUACUCCUACAGAUAUAAGCAGCAAUUUCGUACAUGAAUAAAAUAAACCUAAAAGUGCAUUUGUGACGAUGGUAAGCUGGGCUUGCAGAGUUUAUACAAAUAAAAUAUUUGCCGAAUAAUGUACACCAGCAUAAUGUAACUUUGAUAAAUAUCCAAAUCAUGAAACAGAAUAUUCAUGUUGAAAACUCACACACGCGUCCUCUACAAUCUUUUUACCAUUUGCCAUUUACCAUUUACCAUUUACAUUUCUUUGCACAUCCACCGUUGUAUCGUGGAAAGUAGCACGUCGGUAAAGUAAUGCGAUAUAAUAUACGCAGACGACGAAAAUAAUACACAAGUAAUGAAUAAAAGUAAUGGAAAAUGAUUCGAUACAUACAUAUACGAAUAUUUCGUAUAUUAGUUUUCAAUGUCGAAUCGUCUUGUAAGAACAAUCCGCAGAUCGUCAGAUAUAUACGUAUCAGAGAAAGCUUUAGAGAUGACGCGUUAAAUUGUGUGCUUUCUAUAUGCAAUCGAUAUUCUAAUUUCAUAAUUAUCUACACAUGUAUAUUACGACAUACGUGAAUCAUAUUUACAAUAUUUCUAAAGAGAUUUUUAUAAAGGGAUAGAACUCGACGUUUUUACCCAGAUAGACGUCAUAUUACGUAUGACCGGAGAGCGUGUUCCUUUGGGUCUGUUUUUUAUUAUCGCUGAACUGCCUGCACUAGUUUAGCGAUAGAGAAAACAGACCCUUGGUUUUUUCACGUUGCGUGUGAGUUUUAAAUGUGACGUGUGUGUGUGUGUGUGUGUGUGUGUGUGUAUCAUAUAUACAUAUGCAUAUACAGACAUGCACGUACAUAUAUACAUACAUGAUACAUAUAAAUAUAUUUCUAAAGUAAAACUGCGUGGGAAAAAAAAACUGCUUCGUGAUAAUGUAAGAAUAAAGUUGUAGAUUUAUAGAGACAGGAUUGAAAUUGAAACAAUGAAAAGAUAUAUGCACAUGGAAUGUAAUUUUUUAUGGUAAAAAUAACGCUUCUUCAUUGGACGACGUGCUUGGACGAUCAUCGAUGGGAAUACGCGAAAGGUUCAAGGUUAAUAAGUUUCACGUAUGUACAAAUCAUUUUGGAAUAUGUCGGAAGAGUAGUUUUGAAGAUCUCUUAAUUUUCGAUUUGUGAGAAAACAGGGGGGGGGGGGGGUGAGAGAGAGAAUAGAUAGUUUUUUAAAAAAAGAUAAAGAGCGACGACCGGGAUUAUACCUAAGGCUGAUCUGAUUAAAUUCGUGGAUCGUGAAUUUGAAUGGAUUUUUAAAAUAUAACAUUGACAAUUCUUUUGGAAAAAAGUCUGCAUAAUUGACAAUUAUAAUAUACAUAUAAUGAAAAGUCGUUUUAAUUAAUUAUACUCCGCAUCGAUCUGCAUUCAUCAGUCAUCAGUCAUCACUCAUCGAUUCAUUACUCAUUUACACAACGAGCGAUUUCAUUUAGGUAGCGUUUAAUUAAGUUACGAUCGCAAACAAAGACCCUUUGGAUAUACUAUAUCUUGUGCGCUGUUUCCAGAGCCAAUAAAUUGCGUAUUAUUAUUACGUUUCUUGUAA